CAGUAUUGGCAUAAAGGAUGUUUUCAUUGUGAAGUCUGCAAGAUGGCUCUCAACAUGAACAACUACAAAGGCUAUGAAAAGAAGCCCUAUUGUAAUGCACACUACCCGAAGCAGUCCUUCACUACUGUGGCAGAUACACCUGAAAAUCUCCGCCUGAAGCAGCAAAGUGAGCUGCAGAGUCAGCAAGCUGCAAGCUUCAGAGGCAGCAUGAACAAGUAUGAUAGGCUGGUGGGACAAGAGCAAAUAGAGGCAUGCACAAAGCACUAUGGGGUCUCCAAGCAGUGAUUAGGUCAGGGGAGAAUGCACCAUGAGGUCCCAGCCACCAUCUUCGGCAUCAGACACCAGCAGGACACCCAGUGAUGGAGAGGACAAGGAGAUGCCACCGAGGACAAAGCAGUUAGAGGAGAGAAUGGGCCCGGGUCUGAGACUUCCCUCCUCCUUCACUCUGAGGCCACUGAAGCCGCCUCUGCUCGUACACACUUAGAUACGAUCCUGGAGAGGAGCCAGGAAGCAGGAGGAAGCCUGAAUUUACCCAAGUUGAUUGUCUAAAUCAUUGAAUGGGGUCAGGUUAAUGGCUGGGACUAAAUUUAGACCCUCUCACUUCGACUUGAGAGAAAUAGCAGAGCAGUUAUAGGAAAUAAGGACAAUGUACUUAUUUAUAUUAUCUCAAUAGAUGGUAAAUAAAUUGCUAACCUUUGAUUUUAUUUGGUAAAAUAUAGCAUUAGAACAGCCGUCAGGAGAUCUAGGUUCUAGUCCUGCCUCUGGCACUAAAUGGGACUUCGGGCAUCGCUGACGUUUUCUGGGCAUAAACUAAUGGGUUUUAACUAACUGAUCUCUAAAAUGCCUUCUAGUUGUGAUGAUCUUGAUUAUAGGACAAAAAUGUUCUGCAGUCACACGUGCAGUUCACAAUAAAAGAACUUGAAAAAAAGGAA